UGCAGCUGCGCUGCCAGCAGAUAAUACUGCAUUCUCACUUGCUGCAAAUAAACAAAAUUAAUUAAUGCACAUAAACAGCCGCACAAAUAACCACAAACAUGGCAAAAAAUGUUAAGAAACUUACCUUGGCAAGCAAGCUAGCUAAACAGGGUGCCGUCAUACAGCCAACUGCAAUAAUUAAGAGGGCAACCAGCAGCGUGCGGGAUAUAGAGGAUCUGGUCGGAGGCGGUGCAGCACCGUCCACUGGUCCACUAUAUUUCUCGCCCAUACAAACACGCAAACAGCGCUUACUAAAUGGCGAGACCAUUAAAAAAACAGCCACCAAGGAGGAGGUGUUGAUCGCUGCUCGAGUGCCGCAGAAGAAAAAGCGUAAUCAACAGGUUUCCUUGGCUGCUGGUGCGGAAGAGGAGCCAGCCAUACAGAAAGAAGCUGCAGUGAAGAAGGAAGUGGAUGAACAGAAACCAGAAGUACAAAAGGAUCUGAAAUCAGAGACAAUGAAGCAACUAAAACCAGAGAUAAAGCAGGAAAUUGAUCCGCUGGUAAACGAAGACGUUGCGUCGCCGCAGUCCUUGUGGUAUCGCCAGCUGGAGAACAUUCGUUCCAUGCGGAGUCUCAGCGCCGCCCCUGUGGACACAAUGGGCUGUCAUCAGUGCGCCGACCCAAAAGCUGAUGGAAAGACACAACGCUUCCAGAAAUUGGUGGCUCUGAUGCUCUCCAGUCAAACGAAAGAUCAAACCACCUUCGAGGCCAUGAACCGGCUCAAAGCGCGCACACUUACACCCAACAGCCUAAAGGACAUGCCAGUGGGUGAACUGGAAACCCUACUGCAUCCCGUGUCCUUCUAUAAGAACAAGGCCAAGUACCUUAAGCAAACCACACAAAUACUGAUCGACAAGUACGAUGCGGACAUACCGGACAAUGUCAAGGAGCUGGUCGCACUGCCCGGCGUUGGACCCAAAAUGGCGCACAUCUGCAUGGCCGUUGCCUGGGACAAGCUGACGGGAAUUGGCGUCGAUGUGCAUGUGCAUCGUAUCUCCAACCGCUUGGGCUGGUUACCACGUCCCACCAAGGAGCCAGAGCACACCCGUGUGGGCCUGGAGAGCUGGUUACCCUCGACACUCUGGGCGGAGGUGAAUCAUUUGUUUGUGGGUUUCGGUCAAACCAUUUGCACGCCACUGAAGCCCAACUGCGGUCAAUGCCUGAACAAAGAUAUAUGUCCGUCAGCCAAAGUGGUGGUCACUCCCACAAAGAAAGGUGUUAGGUAGGAAGGUAACUUUAAGUCCAAAACUGCCAUGCCACAAACAAAAUCAAAGAUUUAAAAAAAUUUAAUUUGUAAUGUAAUGAAAAGUAUUAAAAAUGUAUUACCGAACUGAAA